AAGGGGGUAGGGCCUGCCUAGUGAUGAGGCUGGAUGAGGCCGCGCCCCGCGUCAGGUCACCUUGGAACCAUUUCUUCAGGUCCAGCGGGGCGACGCUUUCCGGCGCAGGCCCCGGAGGUCCCGACCGCGGUAUGGGUUGGAGCUGACGUCAUCAAGGUGCUGGCAGGUCCCAGCCUGACCAGCCACAUCUACCAGCCUUCGGAGGAGAUCGGGCCAAAUCCGCUUCUGGUCGCGGAGGAGCGGAAUGCGCGGCCUGUGGACCCCUAUGGGGAGAUCCAGCCUGAGAAGCCGCCCAAGGAUGAAGCCGUGCGCGCGCACGAGUACCGCGCCAAUGCGCUUCUGCGGCAGAAGAACCCCGUCGCAACGCUUGCGGAGUUGGAGGCCGCUCUUUGUCUCUCCGAAAAGCAAGGCCUCAUUCCUCAAGACCAGAUCCGGCAGCGCUGGCAGACCCUGGCAGCCUCUGCCGUGGCCUGGUCCCUGGAUGCCAUGGCCAGCGGCGGGAGCUGGUGCGACGCGCUGCAGAUGCUGUGCACUGCGGAACUCCUGACGCGCCAAGACGUGGCGGAGACCUUCGGGGCGGAGAGCGCGGCGGCGCGGCGGUUCCUGCGGGCCCUGGGCCACGUGGGGCUGGGGAAUUACUACCUGCUGCGGGGAAAGCCCAGGGCAGCCCUGCGGUUCUUGGAGCAGGCUGCCAAUGGCCAUGCGAAGUGGGCGCAUCCUGCCGUGCUGAUGAACCUCAGUGCAACGCACCUGCUGCUGAAAGAGCCCGGGCGAGCAGUGCCGUACCUGGCAGAGGCGAUCCUCGCUCUCCGCAGCGCCGCGGGGCCCCUGUGCCCGCGCGCGUUUGAGGAGGUGGAAGCCGCUGAGAGCGCGGCCAGCGCGGCGGUGGCCACCGUCCUGGGUCAGGGCGCAGCGGCAGUGCGUGCCGGGCAGGUGCCGUCGGAUGUCGGUCGCAAACUUUCCACCAUGAGCAGUUCCCUGCGCGUGGAGCCGGGCAGCCUCCUUGGCGCCGAGGCGACCAUUGAGAGUCAGGCACAGUGCUCCCAGCUACGAGGCCUAGGGCGCUUCGGCCUGGUGCGGAAGGAGUCUGGCCAGGAUCUCCUGGAGUACGAGGUGGACUGCGCUGUGGUGCGGACGCUGCUGGUGGCAAAGGUCUUGCUGUGGCCCUGGCCGGAGUUUGGAGAGGUGCAACAGAAGGAGGCGGAGGCGCCGGGCCAGAGCCACCAAAGCCACCAGAGCCUGCAGGAAGCACUUCAAGGCAUGGCAAGACCUGGCAUUGCCAAGCACGCAGCCAAGCUUAAGAAGGCCUGGCGAGAGUGGGGCAAGGUCUGCACCCUGCCGGGUGCCGGCCUGGUGCUGCGGGAAAGCCUCUUGCUCUGCGCGUUGCACGGCGCCUGCGCCCUGGCGCAGCUCAGCUCGCAGCCGGUCUAUGGGCUUUGGGCGCUGCCGCCUCUGCGCGAGGGCCUGGUGUUGGCCAUCGUUCUCUUCGGCUCGAAGCACCCUUUGGCGCUGAAGCUGGUGAAUGCCUGCCAGCGCCUGCAGGGACGCCCAAGCCGUGAGGAUGGCCAAGGAUCUGAGCCGAUUCCAACGCUGCCGGCGCGGCAAGGCAGUGCAAGGUGCAAACCCAAGGUUUCGAAGCCCAAGCCAGAGCCGCGCCCAAAGACGGCGGCGGCUUUCAGACAGAAGCGCAGCACGGUGCCUCCCUGGAACGCGGGUCCUGGAGUCCAGCUUCCAGCAGGCUCUGACGCUGGAAAGGCUGAUGGCGUGGCCACCGGACGAGCCAGCCCGGGCCCGCAGGCCCCGCAGGCCCCGCAGGCCCCGCAGGCCCCGCAGCGGCCACGUGAGAGGCGGCCCAUCACGCCGGUGAGGCGCCUGUACUGGCAAUCUCCGGAGCAGGUCAGGCAGCUGCGGGCCAUCAAGCGGCAGGCCGUGGCGGAGCUGCGGAGGGAGAUCCACGCGGCGCGGGAGAAUGAUUUGAACGCAUCGGUGACCUCCAUAAACUCCGCGAGGAGCUUGCCAGCCCGACCUGUGAGCUGCCGAGGCCGCUUCUGCCGCAGCUUCUCGGAGACGGGCGGCUCCGCGGCUUCCACGCCCAGGGCGAAGCCGGCGCCAGGCACGCCACGAGAAGCUGUUUGGCAGAUCGCCGCGCGCUUGCGGGAGCGAAGGUGUAGACCACCUGACGUCGCCGUCCCCAGGUCCGCCAGCGUCCGCAAGGCCAGCAAUUACACCACUGGCUCAGGUGAGUGAGCUGCAAGAAGCAGCCCUCCUCUUUAGUGGGGCAGAUUGGGCGAACACCACCCACC